AUGAUUGGCAGAACCCCUAACACUCUUAUUACGUACCAGCACAUUCUCAGGGAUACAAGGUUGUGCACUUUCCCAGUCAGAAACAGAACUACGUUUGCACUGUCUACAGGUGUCAUUCCAAAUAUAUACUUGAGACCGAGGAAAGAACGCACACUCGUUACCUCACAUCACAAUUUUGGCGUUCAUCCCCUCCUGUUCUUACCCUCGCGGCUACACACUCAUGGAUCGUCAGAUGUCGAGCCUAAGCUAAACGCUGAACAGAAAAACGUUUUGUCCGACUGGACCAUUAUAAGUCGGUUACUAAAAUAUGUGUGGCCAAAAGACAGACCGGAGAUUCGCUUACGCGUUGUUGCAGCAGUGGUGUUAUUGUUGUCUUCCAAAGUUGUGAAUGUAUUAGUCCCGUUUGUUUUCAAGUUGGCAGUGGAUUGUCUUUCUGGAGAAACACCCUUACUGUUAAGCGACACAAAUCCUGCUACAACAGCCACAACCAUUUUAAUUUCGUAUGGUUUGUUCAGAGCUACUGCAUCUGGUUUAAAUGAAUUACGUACUGCAGUUUUUGCUAAAGCUGCACUAUCUUCAAUUCGACAAGUUGGCGUUCAAGUAUUUCGACAUAUGCAUGAUCUUGACUUAGGCUAUCAUCUUGGAAGGAGAACCGGGGCAUUGGGCAAAGCUAUUGAUCGAGGAGCAAGGGGUAUACAGUUUAUUCUAACUUCUAUGGUAUUCAAUUUAUUCCCUACUGGAUUUGAAGUUGCUGUUGUCACUGGCAUUUUGUAUUAUAAAUAUGGAGUAGCAGCCAGUACAAUAGCUCUAAGUUGUAUAGCUGCAUACACAGCAUUCACUUUUGCUGUUACACGUUGGCGUACACAAUUCCGUAUUGAAAUGAAUAAGGCUGAUGGACGUGCUGCUAGCCAGGCCACAGAUUCACUUAUCAAUUAUGAAACUGUAAAAUAUUUCAAUAACGAGGAACGCGAAGCAGAAAUCUAUGAUAAACUUCAAGCUCAGUAUGAAAAAGCCAGUAUUAAGACAACAACUAGUCUGGCUGUACUCAAUUUCGGUCAGGCUGCAAUAUUUUCUGUUGGCCUCGCUGCAACUAUGAUUACAGUGGCGAGUCAAGUGGCUUCCGGUUCAGUCGAUCCAACCACAGCGGCUGGUGUGCUUGAAGCUACAGGGAUAAGUAGUCUGGCGAAAUCGUUAACAGUUGGAGAUCUAGUUCUUGUAAAUGGUCUGUUAUUUCAAUUAUCGGUACCAUUAAACUUUUUGGGCACUGUUUAUCGUGAAGUGAGACAAUCUCUUAUUGAUAUGUCAACAAUGUUUACACUUUUAGAGAUUACACCUAAAGUUCGCUCUCUACCGAAUGCACCAAAUCUACUCAUUGAUGGUUCAAAUGCCUCUGUUGAAUUUCGUGAUGUUAAAUUUGCUUACCAUUCGAAAGAUCCAAAAGAUUCAUUAAUGAAACCUGGCAAAUUCAUCUGUGAUGGUUUAGACUUUAAGGUUGAACCUGGUCAACGUGUGGCUAUCGUUGGUGGAAGUGGUUCUGGAAAGUCUACAAUAGUUCGACUUACCUAUCGGUUUUUUGAUGUCGCCAGUGGUAGUGUACUUAUCGGUGGUCAAGAUGUUCGAUCGGUUAAUUUAGACAGUUUACGUCGUUCAAUAGCUGUGAUACCUCAGGAUACAGUCCUAUUUCAUAAUACAAUAUUUUACAAUCUUCAAUAUGGUAAUCUGAAAGCAACACCAGAAGAAGUUUAUGAAGCUGCUCGUUUAGCUGAUAUAGCCAAUGCAAUUGAACGUAUGCCACAUGGAUAUGAAACUCAAGUUGGGGAACGUGGUCUCAAACUGAGUGGUGGUGAAAAACAACGAAUAUCUAUUGCUCGAGCACUAUUGAAAAAAGCACCAAUUUUGAUUUAUGAUGAAGCGACAUCAUCAUUAGAUACAAUUACUGAACAAACUAUUCUUCAACGCCUAGCAGAAGUAACACCUGGAGUUACAUCAAUUGUAAUUGCCCAUCGAUUGAGUACUAUUGUGGAUGCAGAUGAAAUCUUAGUAUUACACAAUGGUCGUGUUUCUGAACGUGGUACUCAUUUCAGUCUUCUUAUGCAACCACAUUCCUAUUACAGCCAACUGUGGGAACAACAGCUGCGAGGUGGUAUUACAUGCUACAGUAACACAACAGGCCAAAAACAAUUUAGUGAUAACAGUAAUAAUAAUAACAGCAGUGAAUUCGAUAGACAGUUACAAACAGAAAAUAAGCCUUCAAGUAUAUAG